AUGGCUGAUCCAACGAAGGAAAAUGUGCUCCUGGUUUGGGACUAUGAUUGGAGCUUGAUCAACACCAAUUCUGACACCUUCGUGGUGGAUGCGCUACAUCCAGAACUCAUGGAGCGAUUCGACAGCCCCAUGGGAUGGACUCAGCUCAUGGAUCAACAAGUCAAAGAAUUGUUUGCUCGCGGAGUUUCACGUGAGCGACUCGAAGCAGUGGUCUCAGCGGUGCCAGUGUUUCCUGGUGCCCUUGAUGCCAUACGAUCUGCGCAAGAAGCGCAGGCAAAGCAGAUGGUUCUGAGCGAUGCCAACACGAUUUUCAUUGAGGCAUUUCUCCGAAAGGAAGGGCUUCGGCAUUGCUUCUCAGAUGUCAUCUCAAAUCCAGCCGACUUCGAUCACGAGGGCAGGUUGCAUAUCAAGCCCUUUCAUGAGGGUGAACCUCAUGGCUGCCCACUCUGCCCCAGCAAUUUGUGCAAGGGGCGCGUUCUAGAGCAGAUUCUGGCCAGCUUUUCCCCUUCGCGCGUGGCUUAUGUGGGUGAUGGUGGUGGAGACUUUUGUCCUGCCUGCGAACUUCGUCCCCAGGAUCUGCUGCUCUGCCGCGCACCGCCCAGCGAGCCGUUGAAACGCUUCGGUCUGCUGAGACGCCUCGAAGGACCAGCACAGGCAACACGCCGUGGUGGAAUUGCCAAGGUUGUAGCCAAGAUUGUGAAAUGGCAUUCUGGUCCCUUGGUUGCAUCAAGUCAUGAAAUACCUCAAUUCGACGCCUCUGCAGGGAUUCCAAGGGACUUCAAUGUGUCAUUCCACUGCUUGGUGCGAUUGGUUGCCGGACAAGAUCAGGAUGACCCAUGGCAAGCGCCAGAGCACUUCAAAGGACGAGAACUGUUGCAUCCAGGUGAUGACCCUUUGAAGUCGCUCAUUCGACAAGCCAAUGAAGAGGAGGCCUUCCGCAAGGCAACGGAGUUCGUUUUGCUGCAUUCACCGCAGCAAGGGAACCUCAAAGAAGAGGUUAAGAGACGAGACGCCAUCCAGGAUGCUGUCUCGCGACGUGAAAACACCAGACCCAUGCUACCAGUACCUUUGUGGGAGCAACGGCAGCAUUAUGCAUCCAAUCUAGGACGCUUUUGUCAGAGCUGUGAACGCGGAGGCUCCCACAGAAGUGCUAAGCGAAUGGGUGAAGGUGUCCACUUCGUGGAGGAGUCAGAUGGCAUUCUAGCAGCUGGAAAGACCAAAACAAAGCAUGAGAAGAACAGGCUGGGUAUACUUGAAGGGACUGUCGCAAAGGAAGGCGAGUCAAAGAACUACAAGCGCCCAGAUGGACACUCCUCUGGAGCACCAUGUCAGGAUCAUUAUUUCUAUGAGCGUGGCAACGAAGCUGUUCAACGAGAGAUGCCGUUGGGAAAACGUUUGUAUCCCAUCCUGAAGAAACGAGGAGCACCACUGCGGUCCCAGGUUCAGGUCGAGCCCAUUUGA